AUGUACCAUAUCGAAGCACAAAGACCAGACUUGCCGUAUGAUAGCCCCUUGACGCAUUAUAAACCCGCAACGCUUGGCUGCCUUCGACCGGGUGCCCUAUUUUGCGGUACCCAAAGCAAUCGUCAGCAUACGUACGAUGUACGAAUCGAGUUCACGACCUUGUUCCCUAAUUUUGACGCAUUGUACAAUGAGCUAGGGAGUCUUCGACGACCCUUCGACUUUAAGGCAUACCCUUAUGUCUUUAUGCGCUGGAAAGAGCGAUUUCUUGUACCCGACCACCAUGUGAGUCACAUUACCGGUGCCAGCUUUGCCGGAUUUUACUAUAUCUACCUUUCCCUUGAUCCCAUGUUGGAGAGCGAGGUAAUCUCGACUCCGGGAGGGAGAACUGCUCCUAUGUCGGAAGACCCAGUUUGUGCAAAACAAGACAUGGAAAACCUGGCAAAGCCUAUACAACUUCGCGGCUAUUAUUUCCACGAGAGUUCGGAACCUUUCCAAAAACUAGCUUUGUACCAUAUGCCGGCGAAGGUGUCUCAUACCUUUGAGUUACAGUAA